GGUAGUUAUGAAGAGAGGAAUGAGAACGAUAGGUGUAGGGUUGCGAAAGCCAAGAACCAGGAGAUCAAUUAGCCGAAAAUGGAGGGGAGUGCAUGAUGGAGGUAUAAAAUGAUUUUGAUGUCCGCCAUUUUUGUUUCGGUGGAGGUCUCGGAGAUCACAUACCGGAACCGGACGUCAAUCCCUUUUCACAGCUUUCCGAGGGAAAGGCCAAUCCAAUCCAACCCCGUUUCGAUCGGGUCCUCCUCCCAGAGCUUGCAGCGUUCUUCCAAUCUCCCUUCGUUUUCGCAUUCUAUCCUUGCCUAGCGAAUGUAUUUCGUUGUUUAAGGGCAAAAUAAAUUUGAGAAUUCCUUCUCCUGCCAACGGGAAUGGUUUCGCGCCAGGUGUUGCCCGUAUGUGGAACUCUGUGUUUCUUUUGCCCUGCAUUGAGUACCAGGUCCAGGCAGCCAAUCAAGCGCUACAAGAAGCUGCUUAGGGACAUCUUCCCUCGCUCUCCGGGUGAUGAACCUAAUGAAAGGAUGAUCGGUAAAUUAUGUGAAUAUGCAUCAAAAAACCCUUUUCGGGUUCCCAAGAUUACAACUUAUCUUGAGCAGAGAUUUUACAGGGAAUUGAGAAACGAGCAAUUGAACUCGGUUAAAGUCAUCAUAUGUAUCUACAGAAAGCUUUUAUUUUCUUGUAAAGAGCAAAUGCCUCUAUUUGCAAGUAGCUUGCUUGGCAUCAUCCACAUUCUACUGGAUCAAGCACGUCAUAAUGAAAUGCGAAUGUUGGGAUGCCAAGCACUCUUUGAUUUUGUCAAUAACCAGAGGGACAGUACCUAUAUGUUUAACUUAGAUGGAAUGAUUCCCAAACUUUGCCUUAUAGCUCAAGAAUUAGGGGAGGAAGCGACAGAAAAACAGAUGCGUUGUGCUAGCCUUCAAGCCCUCUCAGCUAUGGUUUGGUUUAUGGGUGAAUUUUCCAAUAUAUCAACAGAAUUUGACAAUGUCAUUUCUGUUGUGUUGGAUAAUUAUGGAGACUUUAAAAGUACUUCCAGUUCUUCCCAAGACGGGCAAGAUACUCAGAAUUCAAGCGGUGAGGCAGUUCCCCGUUCACAGGAACACUUGGCAAGGAUGUCUUCGUGGAGGAUGAUAGUAACUGAAAAGGGGGAAAUGAAUGUAUCUCCAGAAGACGUAAAGAAUCCAGAAUUUUGGGCAAGGGUAUGCCUACAUAACAUUGCUAAGUUGGCCAAGGAAGCUACAACUAUACGACGUGUCUUGGAAUGUUUCUUCCGUUAUUUUGAUACUGGCAAUCUUUGGUCUCCAAAACUUGGGCUUGGUCUUUCUGUCUUGUUGGAUAUGCAAAUAAUUAUGGAGAAUUUGGGGCACAACUCACACUUUAUGCUUGCAAUUUUAAUCAAGCACCUCGAUCACAAGAAUGUUCUAAAAGAUCCUGCCAUGCAAAUUGACAUUAUUAAUAUUGCCACCUCCCUUGCUCAGCAAACAAAUGCCCAACCCUCAGUGGCCAUAAUUAAUGCACUAGGUGAUAUGAUGAGACAUCUUCGAAAAAGUAUACAUUGCUCCCUUGAUGAUGGUAACUUGGGAGCGGAAGUUGUUGAGUGGAACCGAAAACACCAAGCAUCAGUUGAUGCAUGCCUUGUGGAGUUGUCACGAAAGGUAGGAGAUGCUGGUCUUAUUCUAGACAUGAUGGCUGCCAUGCUGGAAAACUUGUCAAAUAUUCCUGUUAUGUCCAGAACAUUAAUUUCUACUGUCUACCGUACAUCUCAGAUCGUGGCGUCAAUACCAAAUCUUGUGUAUAAAGAUAAGGCCUUUCCUGAGGCGUUAUUCCAUCAAUUACUUCUUGCAAUGGUCUGCUCAGACCAUGAAACUAGGGUUGGUGCUCACCGCAUAUUUUCUGUUGUUCUUGUUCCAUCAUCUGUCUGCCCACGUCCUCAUGCUUCUGUACCCCACUCUGGAAAGCCUACUUAUAUUCAAAGGACUCUCUCAAGAACUGUGUCAGUGUUCUCCUCUUCAGCGGCGCUUUUUCAGAAAGUGAAAGAUGAGCCUUAUUCUCUACAGGAGAACAUGUUUCAAAAGAUGGACGAAAGACCUAUAAAUCAACAGGCUACGAAAGUUGAAGGUGACUCCAUUUUAAACAGACUGAAGUCAAGUUACAGUCGAGUUCACUCGGGGAAAAGGGAUCCAUCAAUGUCAGUUCCAGGUUCAACUAUAGAAGAGGAGAGUCCAUUGCAGUCUGGUUACAGCCGAGCUUAUAGUAUGAAAAAGUCAUCUAGUACAGUUGCUGACGAGAAACCUUUGGGAAGUUCAGAAAAGGAACCGACAACGUCCCUUAGGCUUAGCAGCCGCCAGAUUACCAAUCUUCUCUCAUCAAUAUGGGCACAAUCUAUCUCCCCACUCAAUGAACCUGAAAACUAUGAAGCAAUUGCUCAUACUUAUUGCCUUGUGUUGCUAUUUGCUCGGACUAAGAACUCCAGCCAUGAAACACUCAUUCGAAGUUUCCAGCUAGCAUUUUCCUUGCGAAGCAUUUCCCUGACUGGAGGGAAAUUGAAACCAUCACAUCGUAGGUCCCUUUAUACUUUGGCAACAUCGAUGAUCAUCUUCACAGCAAAAGCCUACAACAUCAUGCCUCUUGCCCCUCGGGCUAAAGUUGCCCUUACUAGUGAAGUAGUUGACCCGUUUCUACGGUUAGUUGAAGAUUGUAAGUUACAAGUUGCUAAUCUAGGACAAGACCAUCGCAGACCAGGUUAUGGAUCUAAGGAAGACAAUGAAAAUGCUGUGAAGUCACUUUCUGUGGUCGAUACAAGUGAAAGCCAGUCUAAAGAGUCAUUUGCUAAGCUAAUUUUGCAGACCUUGCAAAAUAUGUCACAACAGAACGAGUUACCUUCUAUUCGAGAGCAGUUGCUUCGAGAUUUUUUUCCAGAUGAUACUUGCCCAUUAGGAACUCAGUUUUCUGUGACACCUAGAGAAAUUUAUCAAUGGGGACCUAAGAAUGACAAAACUUCUGACACGGUUAAUCCCAUAUUUUCAAAUGAUAACGACAAUCUAUGCGAUGAACCUCAGAGUCAAAAUGAUCAUGAGACAGCGAAGGCCCCAGAAGGUCCAAGUCUCAUGAGUGCUGAUGAACUUUUGAAUUUGAUUUCCGAUAUAACAAAUCAAGUAGGAAGGGUAUCAGGGUCCUUGCCGACCAAUAUGCCUUACAAGGAAAUGGCUGGAAAUUGCGAGUCUCUUUCAGAAGAUAAGCAGCAAAAGAUAUCCAACUUCAUUACCUCGAAACAAAAUAAUGAAGGUUCGUUUAAAAAUUCCAAUCGUGAUGAUGACAGUGUGGGAAAGGAAGAGCCUUCACAACGCCAUGUUCACUUCGCUGUAAAUAAGAGCGGCAAUCCAUUUCUUGACACGGAUGUUCCUAUGCACUGGAAUUCGUCCACUGAUACUUAUCCAGCACCUUGUGCAACUGAGUACCAACAUUAUCCCCACCUCAUGCAACUACCAUCCUCGAGCCCAUAUGAUAACUUCCUAAAGGCAGCUGGUUGUUAAGCCACCGAAACGUACAUGAAAAAUACUUCAAGGCCUCUUGGUGACAGUGAUGAUUGGCUAUUAAUUUCAAGAUGAGCAAGCAAAACUCCAGAGGUCUGCCUUCUGCCGGGCACCUGCUGCUGCUGCUGUUCCAACCAUUAGGUCAAGUUCUUGUCUUCGCUUUUGUAUAUCUUAAUUUGAUUCAUUCAUGGCUUUCCUUCCUCCAGCGGCAUGUUUGGGUUAUUGAAAUCAUUCAUCCGUGGUGCUCUUGGGAUAUGUAUGAUAGAGAGAUAGGUUGUUAGGUGCAUUCAAUAGGGGUUUACCCGUUGGACUGAUAUAGGCUUGUAAGUGAUAAAAGGGUGAUUUUUGGGGAUUUUUCUAGCUGUAUAUUUGUGACAAUUUCCUUGUAUACGUUCUAGGCUAUAUUAGUGGGGCUUAUCUCAUGAAAAUUGGUCUACUCAACCUUUAUGUUCUGUAACAUUGCACUGAUUCAAUGCCAUUCAUUUUUUAUUUUUUGCCAA